AUGACGAGGAAUGUGGGCAUAGCGAUCGAUUUGUCGCCCACCAGCAGGUACGCGCUUCGCUGGGCGCUCGAGCACUUCGCGCGCGAUGGCGAUCACAUCUUCGUCCUCGUCGUCCGCAAGAAAGAGGGCGAGGACACCGCCCUCUUCGAGAAAGCCGGCACUCCCUUGAUCCCAAUGCACGACUACGACGAGCACGUCUUGGACAAGUAUGGCAUCCAGCCCGAUCCUGAGUUUGCUGUGGACGGUAAGGUCUACUACGGCGAUGCUCGAGAGAAGAUCAUCGAGGCUGUUGGAGAUCUUAAGUUGAACCUGCUUGUGCUUGGAAGUAGAGGCCUUGGGACUGUUAAAAGGUACCGCAAAGCUUCUUAUUUCUCGACUUGGAAAAAACUCGUUUCAUUUGUUGCGAAUCCACAGGGCGCUGCUGGGAAGCGUCAGUAA